AUGAAAUACGUGGAGAGCGUCCAGCGCGAGAGAGAGCUCAAUGAGGAAAAAGCAUUAGAGAGGAAGGUUUUUCACGCUGAUGAAGACGAUGGGGAGGUGGAAGUCCCCCAGAUUUGCCCCUUCCUCCUUAACGAUCGAUGUGUUGAUGGCGAAGAAGGACGCUGCCAACGUUUACACGCUACCACGUCUUACCAUUGGCAAGUUAGGCAUCCGGAGACAGGCAAGUGGAUCAACUUAAGCAAAAUCCAGUCCUUUGAGCUGGAGAAGCAUUUUGCUGAUCCAAUAAAUCAUACUCCUUCUUCCUGGCUUUCGAUUGGUGCUAGCCCCGUGUCAUCUGGCCUCCUAUUGGCUGAGCUGCGGCUGUUCAAAGCCAACCUGACUGGUAGUGAGAGGAAGGUCCGACGUCGCCCUGCUCCCCCGAAAUCAUCACCUGCUCCCAUUGAUGCUCCCAUGUAUAAGCAGUUCCCAUCCCAUUGGAUCCCAAUGAGUGAUACAGAGACUUGCAGGAUGGUUGCCAUCGAUUCCAAUUCUCAGGAAUACCGAAAAAUUGCAUCCCUCAUAACUUGUUUUAACAUUCGACAAAUCACAAGGGUCCAGAAUCCGUAUUUGUGGGAGAUGUACCAAAACAAGAAGUCGCAAUUAUUGAGAGAACAACCCACAGCAGUGAACGAGAUGGAUCUCUUCCAUGGAACAUCAUCCAUCAAUAUUAUUUCCAUCUGUCUGCGGAACUUUGAUUGGAGACUACAUGGAAGUGCCAAUGGAUCGGCAUUUGGCAAGGGGGUCUAUUUCACUUCGAAUCCUCAAACUGCAGCCGGUUACUGCAGAGGAGGAGGUUGCAUUUUUGUCGUCAAGGUUCUAGUGGGAAAUUCCACUGUUGGCAACCAGUUCAUGACUCAUCCUCCAGCAGGAUUUCAUUCCACUACUGACAGUAGCGGUCGCAUUAUUGUCAAGUAUCAUGAUCAGGAUUACUAUCCUUUGUACGUAGUUGAAUCCUGAAGGGAAGCUCAAAUUUUGAAUUCAUUCCUGAUGAAGACCAGGACGGGAAAUGGGUGCUGGUUGCCUUUGUUACCGAUGUCAACUGAAUAUUUCAAUUUGCAAUUUUAAAUUUGUCGAUACCCAGAGUAUUUGAUGAUAUUUGCAGAAAUUUCAUGGAUGAAAGAUGGCU